AUGACCACUUCAUUUCUGGAGAACAAAAUUUUGAAUCUACAAGCCCGAUUGAAGGCGGACAGCGAUACCAUCGAGGAAAUGUCACCUCCAUCACUCUCCAGUCCCCGACAGGGAUCGGGAAGACGACCCAAACAACUUGGUGACAUGGGUACUCCGACUAGAACUCGUAAGCACAUCGACCUACCGGUAAGCGUACUGAUGCAGCCGCGGGUUGAAGACACUUCUGAAGUUGAAGUCAAGAUGAAACAAAUCAUGAAAAUGAGUGGUUUACUUACAAUCAAUGGAAUUAAAUAUAAAACUGAGUUAAAAGAUUUAGAACAUCUCGGAGAAUUAGGAAGUGGUACAUGCGGCCACGUUGUGAGAAUGUUGCACAAACCUAGUAAUACUGAAAUAGCUGUCAAACAAAUGAGAAGGUCUGGUAAUAGCGAAGAAAAUAAACGUAUUACAACUGAUCUUGAGGUUGUACUCAAGUCUCAUGACUGUCCUUAUAUUGUUAAAUGUUUGGGUGCAUUUAUCACUGAAUCAGAUGUGUGUAUAUGCAUGGAACUGAUGGCUACCUGUUUUGAUCGUCUUUUGAGAAGACUCAAGGCACCAAUUCCCGAAGAUGUACUGGGGAAAGUCGCUUUACAUACUGUGAAAGCGUUAAGCUAUUUAAAAGAAUCUCAUGAUGUUAUACAUAGAGAUGUCAAACCAUCAAACAUUUUGCUAGAUGAAAGGGGAAAUGUAAAACUAUGCGACUUUGGUAUUUCGGGUAGAUUAGUUGAUUCUAAAGCUCGUACAAAAAAUGCUGGAUGUGCUGCUUACAUGGCUCCUGAAAGAAUUGAACCUAGGCAACUGGAUUACGAUAUACGAUCGGAUAUUUGGAGUUUGGGUAUUACAUUGGUUGAAUUGGCUACGGGUGUGUUUCCAUACCGUGAUUGUAAAUGUGAUUUUGAAGUGUUGAGUCGAGUUUUAAAUGAUGACCCUCCUUCACUUCCUCAAGAUCAAGAGUUUACCUUAGAAUUUAGGAAUUUUGUAUCUAGUUGUUUGAUCAAAGAUUACAAAGUACGGCCAAAAUACAAGCAAUUAUUGGAACAUCCAUUUCUACAAAAAUAUAUGAUAAAGACAGUUAAUGUUGCUGAAUGGUAUGCUGAAGCUACAAGUCAAAAUAUAGUACUCAAACUAGCAAAACCAGCUGUAGAAAACGUUCCUAUUAGUGUCCGUAAGAUUUCAGAUCAUCAAUUUCCUUCAUUGAGUUUAAUAGAUAAAAACAAAAUCAAUGGAAACUUUGUAAUGGACUCUCCAAAACCUGUGAAACGCUUCCCAAGUAUGGAAGUGCCUCCUUCAGUGUUGUUGUCACCGUAUAAACAAUUGACGGGACAAUUGACAAAUGGUGGAAAUGUUUCUGCCAAUACUAGUCCAUUAGUGCUGCAACGGUUUUAUCAUCAACAAAACCAACACCAUUCAAGGUCAUCUUCUGUAUCUCCAAGCCGUUUUGAACGAAAUACUCCUAGAGAAAUUAAUCCCUCGGAUUCACCCAAACCUAGUCCAAGGAAGAGUCUAAUAUCUACCUACCUCAAAUUCGCUCCAUGGAGCAAAACUCCUCCUAGUCCACCACCACGAAACCAAAACACACCAGCAAUUUCGUCGCCAUUGGUAACAAGGCGUGAGGUGUGCCCUGCCUCUCCAGCGCCUGUACGUAAGACAUUUGAAGGUUCUCCAGCCUUAUCUAGGCGAUAUGUAUCUCCUGUUCCACCAACUCCACCACCACGUCGCUUAUCAGAAAGUGGAUCAUCGCCUUUACAUAAAUUUUACCAACAACGAUUAUUUGGUCAACCAAAAUUGGAAGAAAAAGAUCGAAGAUACACACCUCAACCACGUAGACGUGUCGUUUGCCAGUUCAACGAUAUAUGACAACGACUGUGUGGGCAGAGACGUAAAGAAUCUGUUCCCAAAAACAGUGAGUGAAUCAAACGGCUUAAUCAUAACGUUAUAACAUAAAUUAUUAAAUCAUGUUCGAUAUAAAUAUUUAAUUUAGCAAUUUAAAAAGACAACUUAUACAUAAUAAUAUAAUAUUAAAUUAUGAAAAACAAUGUUAAACAUAUUAUACCUAAUUAAUUGUAUGACAGAUCUAGUUACUAUUCAAGUCGCUGAAAAUUACUUUUUAAUUUUAUCUGUUAAUUUUUUUUACUUGAUGCACAUUUCAUUAUUGUUAUAUGUGUUGAACAGUUGUGCCAUUGCAACUAGCAAUUCAGAUCCAAUUAUAGUAUAAUAUUAAUAUUUUAUGGGAAUGUUUAUCAAACAUGAACAUGAAACUUAACUGGUAACCAGUUCCUUAUUUGUCUAUUAACUGGUGAAUCUA